UGGACCAAAGAAUUUCUUCUGUAUAACAUAUCUCAUCUGCAGACAUUUUAUCUUCCUUAUAGAUUCGAUGCUGUAUUUUUGUAGCUUUUUAAUGGUUAUUUUGCUGGCUAUUUUACUCCAACUUGUUUUAUUCUCACCAAUAUCUCCUCAGAUUCUUGAAAUUCCUUCUCCCUCUCCAACCUUUACAUCAAACAGUUAUUUGCAGAGAGUAAGUAAACUUGGAGAAGGAUUUGUAGAUAGACCAGAAGAUGUUGCAGUGGAUAAAAUGGGAAUUGUGUAUACAGCCACUAGAGAUGGUUGGAUUAAAAGAAGGCACAAAAAUGGGACUUGGCAGAGCUGGAAAUAUAUUGGGAGAGAUACAUUAUUGGGACUUAAAGUGUCAUCUGCUGGUCAUAUUCUAGUUUGUGAUGCUCAAGAGGGACUACUUAAGGUUACAGAAGAUGGUGUUACUGUUCUUGCUUCACAUGUCAAUGGUAAAAAAAUAAGAUUAGCAGAUGAUGUGGUGGAAGCAUCAGAUGGGAGUGUAUACUUCAGUGUGGCAAGCACCAAAUUUGGACUCCACGAAUGGUUCCUUGACGUGCUUGAGGCCAAGCCCCAUGGUCAGCUUCUCAAAUAUAGCCCUUCGCUGAACCAGAUAUCUGUAAUUCUUGAUAACUUGGCCUUUGCAAACGGGGUAGCUCUGUCUGCAGAUCAAGAUUACUUAGUAGUCUGUGAAUCAUGGAAAUUUAGGUGCCUCAAAUAUUGGUUGAAAGAAGAAAUGAAAGGACAAACAGAGAUGUUCAUUGAUAAUCUUGUUGGUGCACCAGAUAACAUCAAGCUUGCUCCAGAUGGUUCGUUCUGGAUUGCUCUAAUACAGAUAACAGCUCCACGGCUAAAUUUCAUACACAAGUCGAGAGCUAUAGAACAUUUGUUGGCAACUUUCCCCAAAUUGAUGAAGUGGGUGAUGGGAGCAUACGACAAAGCAAUGGUAGUGAAUGUGGCAGCUGAUGGAAAGAUAACCAAAGGCUUUGAUGAUCCAACUGGAAAGGUCAUGUCAUUUGUGACAUCUGUGUUGGAGUAUGAUGAUCAUCUGUAUUUAGGAAGUCUCAAUUGUGAUUUCAUAGGAAAGUUACCUCUCACAACCUCAACUGAUUGAAACAUAUUCCUAUAAUGUAUGCCUAGCAAACAUCAUGCAAAUUUCUAAGGAAGAAGAGUAGCACUUCCAUA